AAAUUAUAAAAAAUGCUUUUGACCGAUAUUUUAAGCCGAAAAGUGGCUAAUGCCGUCUAUAUUAUUGCGGAAAUUGGUCAAAACCACCAAGGCUGCCUGGAAACAGCGAAGAAGAUGAUUUACGAGGCCAAGAAAGCCGGCUGCCAUUGUGUAAAGUUUCAAAAAUCCGAAUUGGCUGCAAAGUUUACGCGAUCCGCUCUAGAUCGCGAAUAUAAAAGCGAACACGCCUGGGGAAAAACCUACGGGGAGCACAAGGAGUACCUGGAGUUCUCCAAGGAUCAGUACCUCGAACUGCAGGCCUACAGUAGGCAAAUUAAUGUGGACUUUACAGCUUCCGCUAUGGAUGAGAUUUCGUUGCAAUUUCUGGUCGAUCUAAAUGUUCCUUUCAUUAAAAUUGGCUCCGGAGAUGCCAACAACUUUCCGCUGCUUAAAAAGGCAGCCAGCUUGGAAUUGCCAUUGGUGAUCUCCACCGGAAUGCAGACCAUGGAAACUGUGGAGAGGAUUGUGCAAACUAUGGCCGAGUCUGGAAAACAGAACUACGGUCUGAUGCACUGUGUUUCAUCAUACCCAACUGCCCCCAAAGAUUGCAACUUGCAGUUGAUUUCCAUGUUUAAAAAGCGCUUUCCCAGUGUGGCAAUUGGUUAUUCGGGUCAUGAGCUCGGAGUGGUCAUAAGUCAGGCCGCAGUUUUACUCGGAGCACGCAUAGUGGAGCGCCAUUUCACGCUGGACAAGAGUCAGAAGGGCUCCGACCAUCGAUGCUCCCUGGAACCGCAAGAGUUGAAGGCUCUAAUUACAGGAAUUAAUCAUUUUGAACUCUCGGCAGUUGCCUUAACUCCCAAUGAAAUAUUGCAAAAACUAAAUGGCGGUCAGGAACUGGAGGACGCUCUUCAACAUGUUGAGUACAAAACCAUUUUGCCUUGCGAGUUGCCCUGCCGAAACAAACUGGGCAAAUCAAUUGUGGCAGCCAGGAGUCUAGAAAAAGGCCACAAACUGCAGAUAAGAGACAUGGCCAUUAAAGUUAGUGAACCCAGCGGCCUCACAGCGGAGGAAUACUUGGAUUUAAUGGGCCAGGAAAUAGCACAGAAUAUUGGUGAAGAUGAACCCAUAGUAGGGAGUAGUAUAAUCAAGUUAUAAGUUCAGAAAAUACGAAAUGUGGAAUAU